AAUCGUAUUCACCUCAGUCAGCCAUUAUAAAUUAAAUAUGCCAUUCAGUUAUGAUUGUUUUAAUUUUUAUCGCCAAGUCAUACGAUUCCGCAUCGCAAAAUAUCAUACAUUUACAAAUUAUAGGUGCUUCAAAUGGAUCACUCCCUAUUGUUUUGUAAAACGUAAAAUUUCUUCUCAUGCUGAUGCAUUAGUGAGUUGAACAUAUUACCCGAAAUAUUAAUGAUAAUUUAAUAAUUGUAUGAGUAUGAAUAGUAUUAUAUUAUACAUAAUUAUAAUGACAUAUAUGAGCAAAGAAAUUAAAUUAAAUUAUAAUAAUAAUAAUUAGGUUUAGUUUAGGCCUAUAAUAAUGCCUUUAAAUAGUAAAUAAGCCUACAUAGUAUUAGUAACAAGUAACAUAUAAUAUAAGUGACCAGCCAAGGAAUUAAAACACUUAAAUUAUAAGGACACUGUCAGUCGUCACCCUCUGUAGUCUGAUUUGAUAGUUACAGUUAAGUUAGUUAGCAGGCCCCAGCCCCUUUUACUCAGUCAAUCAAUGAACUCAACAAUUUCAACCCCAUAGCCUUAUUAUUAUAAUAAUUUAAUAUAGAAAAAACGUGGGGAUAUCUCUUCACAUUUACCAAUAUUUCUUGUCAAUAUUCAAUAUAAUAUAAAUUUAAAUAUAUCAUAAUUGAACACUACAUUUACAUUAUUACACUGGAUACAAUACUGAAUAGGCCUACUCAUAAUACUAAUAAUACUGACAUCAGAAUCUAGGCUAUCUUAUAAUUAUAAUCUUUAUCUAAAUCUUAGACUACAAUGCUAAAUUACAUACUUUUUUUGUUAGUCACAAUCACAAUUGUCAAAAAGAUUUUCCACAAAAAACAUCUACACUUCAACUUCAAUUAUAAUCAGAAAUAAUCAUUUUCAGUAAUUUUUGUUUUUAAUUUAUUUGAAUCUUUACUAUCCGGUUUUUCUUGGGUUUGUAUUCAGAAAAAACAAACUUCUAAUUUUAACUAACUAAAUCAUGAAAAUGAAUGAUUGAUUGAUUGAAUAAGUCUAUGCAUGUUAUAGUUUUAAUAGAAUUAUUAAUGGCAUAUAGUCUGGGGAAUGUAUAUUUUUUUGUAUGAGAUGGUGAAUAGGACAAGCGCUGGUCACCAUCUUAACUUUCCAUCGACUAAGGACUCUUUUAAAAUAUACCAACUAUAAAUUUUAACUGUCCAUCUCAUGUAUUGCAGUGACUGCAUUCUUUUAACCACACUAAUUUACAUAGUACAUUUAGAACUUUUCUUCUUAAAACUUAAUUAUAGGGUAUACUACACAAAAUUAACACUAGUAUACACCUAUAAUUAAGUUUUAAGAAAAAAACAACAACUUAUUUAUAAGGGUAUACUGUUAAUUUUCAAAAUUUAACACCCAGCCUCACAAUUUAUUUUAGGGAGCAUAUCCAACUCCAAGCAGUGCAAAAGAUGUGGACAAACAUUCACAGCGACGCUCACAGGGGCUACCUAAAAAGUUGCCUAUUCCUGGAGUUGGUCAUGUCAUAGUUGUGGCUUCGGGGAAAGGAGGUGUUGGCAAGUCAACAACAGCAGGUGGCAAGCUAUAAAUAUUUAAUUUAAUCCAACAUACCAUUAGACUUAUCUCAAUUUAUUAGAAUGUUCCCAUUAUAACAAGGUCAAAUAGUGGAACAUUGUCAUCAAUGCUCUUUAUUUCUUUUUUAUUGCAUACAUUCAUAAGUUUAACAUAAUUAUACCAGCUUACCAGUCAUAAAGAUGUCUAUAUAAUUAACAAGUGCACUUGAGUAUGACUCAUUCUAGAACUAACAAUUUCACAUAUAUAUUCUUAAUAGUAAUUAGUUAUUCAAUCUAAUUGCUAGUUAGAUUUAUUUUGAAACAAUUUCUCUUAACAGUGAACUUGGCCUUGGCAUUAACCCAAGUUGGCAAAGUGAGUUUUUAUUUUUGAACAAUUACACCAUCUCAAACAUUGAUUCAUAUUCAUGCCAUGUAAUGUUCUUACUUUUUAGCCAUAUUUUAAAUGUAAAGCCCCCAGUGUGUUUGAAGAGUUUUCAAAAGCUGAAAGAUGUCUAUUUGCAACUUGUCUUUAAAAAACAUCUUUUCUUUCUUUAAAAAAAUAAAAUAAUGAAUGUGCCUUAAGUAAAAUAAAUUGCUUAUUCACGUCUCACCUUUGUGUUAGUUUGAUUACAAGAAUAACUUUCUUUAGCUUUAAAAAACAUAAUAGGUAAUAAAGUCUAUUUUACACUUAGAAUUUAAAAGUGGGUCUCCUAGAUGCAGAUGUUUAUGGACCCUCCAUCCCCAUGUUGAUGAACUUGUCUGGUCCGCCUGAGCUAAACCACCGUAAGGUUGUCUAUCAGUCCCUCUAAGAUCCUACCCUACUCAUUAUUUGUCUAACAUCCUGCCCCACUCAAUAUCUAUCUGACAUUCUUCCCUACUCAUUAUCUGUCUGAAAUCCUGCCCCACUCAAUAUCUAUCUGACAUCCUUCCCUACUCAUUAUUUGUCUGACAUCCUGCGCUACUCAUUAUUUGUCUGACAUCCUGCUCUACUCAUUAUUUGUAUGACAUCCUGCUCUACUCAUUAUCUGGCAUCCUACCCUGCUCAUAAUCCAUUCGAAAUCUCGCUCUUCUCAUAAUCUGUCUUAAGCUAUGCCCUACUUUUAAUCUAACUUUCUUCCCUACUGACAAUCCAUCUGAGACUAUGCCCUGCUCUUAAUCUGUCUGACACUGCCCUGCUCUUUGUCGUUCAAACAUUUUGAAACACCACAUGAAAUAUGUAAAAAGUUCAUUUUUGUAUGCAAUAUGGUUAAGUUAUUGUUUUGGAAAUUACAAUCUUUGUGUGCCUAUGAUUUUACUGAAAAAAGUACCAUACAUAAAAGUAAAUAGAAAUAAAUUAUCUUUUUUUUUCAACUUUUUUUUUUUUAAACCAAGUUUACUCUUCAAAAGCCUGUUGAUUAAGACCCCAGUAAGGAAAGUGUUCCUGAAUGGACAUUUUGUUUAGGCAAAUAUGUUCAAAUCAAAUUAAAAUAUUGUUCUGUUUUUAAAAAAUUUAAUGACCUAAUUAAUGGUUUGUAAUGUCAGCAUCAUAAUCCCAUUAAACAUAUUUAUUGGAGAUAGCAUGUUUUGUUGUCUUAAAAAUGAGUGCAAAUAAUAUCCCUUUAUCUACUUGUCUUCUCCACAUGUAUUUCAUAACGCAGAGAAUUUGAUGCUGCCCCUGGUCAACUAUGGAGUUAAAUGGUGAGUAGAGUCAAACUUAAUUGGUUGAAAACCCAAUCAAACAGAAAAUGGAAGCACUGGAUAAAUGAUUCACAAAUACAAUUUUGUGGUCCUACAGCUUCAUAAAGCUUAUUCACAAAUAAUGUUAAUCACUGAGAGGGCAGAGAGGAGUGACUUGCAGUUUUGUAAAAAUGGUUGAGAUGGGCUCAAAGAAAUUAACAAAUUAAUGAAACUUUUGAAAUGUAAUCUUGAUGUGGAGUGAUAAUAAUCACUUAUAACAUGCCUUAUUUAAAACAGAUAUAUAUAUAUUUAUAAUUUAUAAAUGUAAACUUUGUUAGAUCGCAGUUAGAUUUAAAUUGUGCAUUGAAAACUACUUAUAUAAUGUUGCUGUUCUGUACACAGUAUGUCAAUGGGGUUUCUAGUGGAUGAUAAAGCAGCCAUUGUGUGGCGUGGUCUCAUGGUGAUGUCAGCAAUUCAAAAACUACUGAGAGAGGUAAACUGGACUUUUUUUCCGGUUUUAUUUUCCUGAUGUUAUGGCCAAUUAAUAACAACAGCACAAUAGGGAAACGACUUCUUUCUUGCGUGCAAGAGUAAUAAAAGUCCAGUUUUAACCCUUGAAAAAUUGAACCCAGCUGAGCUUUUUUUUGUCUUUACACUUCUGUUUAAUAAAUACUUUAUUAUUGUUAUUUUGUAAAAGUUUAUUUAGCUAAGGGUAUUUUACAAAAUAAGUACAUAGGACCUUGUAUUGUGUCGUAUGAUUGAAAAACACAAAAUGUAUCUUUCAUAUACAUAUAUGUCUAUGGCAUAUUUAAGAAGUUAUGAUUUUUAAGAUAGGAUUCUAGGUUUUUGACAUUUAUACAACUUUUUAAUUAAAAUUUUCUAGGUGGUGUGGGGUCCAUUAGAUUACCUUGUUGUAGAUAUGCCGCCUGGCACAGGUGAUGUACAGCUUUCUAUUGCACAGAAUAUCCCUGUCUCAGGUAUGUCUACAACAGAAGCCAGCAUUACUUUCUCCACAUACAGGAUUUCUAGUAGCAAACUGAAUAAUUUAAACUGCUGAUUUUGUUUUAUUAACUUACUUCUAUAAACUCUAAAUUUAUCAAGGAUAUUAGAAUUUUUUAAUUUUUUUAAUCGCCGACUGAGAAGGAAUUUCCACUUUUUCUUGUCCACACUUUUACCAAUUAAGCAUUACCCGGUCUAUGAACUGUUCAGGUUCUAUCAUUGUAACCACACCUCAAGAUCUGGCCCUGCUGGAUGCAAGGCGGGCUAUGGACAUGUUCAGACAGGUCCAUAUCAAAUGUCUGGGAAUAGUAGAAAACAUGAGUGUGUUUGUAUGUCCCAACUGCAACCAUCAAGAACACAUUUUUGGUGAGGAUGGUGGUAAACAUAUUGCUCAACAGAUGGGGACAGAAAUUCUAGGUAAUUUUCUCUAAAAAAUAUGAAUCAUUCAAUGAAAUAUUAAUUGUCAAGGGUAUGAGAAUCACUGUUGUUAAGUGUAGAUCACUGUUGUCAUGUUUGGUAAGGAAAAGAUGUUUAGUUUAGAGAUUUCACGUGUAACUGUUGUGUGAGAGUCUUGUGACGUAUUUGGGUAAGGGGAAAUGACGCGCGUUGGUUUUUAUUGUUAUGGUGGAUAGAUGGUCGUUAUACAAUAUUGACUGUUUGGACUUGUGUGUUGCUUAGUGUUUGGCUGGAACGAUUUGAUUAUUAGUCUGAAAUUAUAUUACAUCAAUAGUUAAGGAAUUGUUGGUAAAUAAACUCAUAUCUUGUAACAAACCGGUUAGUGUUUGUUGUAUUAGUGGCUAUUGCUAUCAGAUAUACUGUCUCGUGGGAUGAAGUGAAAGACUUAACUCAAAUAAGUAGACACUCAUUGCCAUGAGUGGAUGAACACAACAGUUUAAAUAAAGGUCAAUUCUGAAAAAGAAAUUGAACUAGACUUGUGGCAUUUAACCACUGUUUUAUAAUUCUAUAUCAUUGAUGAAUUACCAGGUGCUGUACCGCUUCAUUUUAUAAUUCUAUAUCAUUGAAUGUAUAACCAAGUUUUAUACCAGUCUGUUGUAUAAUUCUAUAUCAUUGAUGAUAUUACCUGGAGCUUUACCGGUUCACUUUAAAAUUCUAUAACGUUGAAUGCUUUUCCAGGUUCUGUGCCACUAAGCAAAAGUAUCUGUCACUUUUCUGACUCUGGACACCCAGUGGUGUUAGCAGAACCCAACAGCCCUGUUGUAAGUAGUUUUUAAAUGGUGAACCCAUUUUUAACGCAGCUAUUAUCCUAAAAUAUGAUCUGUUAAGACCAUCAUAUAUUAGUUUAUUUUAGCUGGUGGCAAGUCAACACUUGUAAUUUAUUUAUGUGUUCGUCUUUAAACCUAGGGAUUACUUUAUAGAUUAAUUGACAAACUCUUAGUAGCUUAUCCUUUAUAAAUAUUUUCCUUCUUUUUAACAUUUCAGAGUGAAGUUUUUAAAUCUAUAGCAGUUAAAGUGAUAUCAAAGCUUCCAUUGGAGGAACAAAGCUCUGCAAGAUAGCACAAACAAUAACAGUUCAAUGAGUGUGAGUGUGUGUGUGUGUGUGUGCUCAAAGAGUAUGGUUAUAAGUUUUCAUGAUAGUGUAUAUUGUUUUCAGUGAAAUUUAAAUCAUAUUUUAAUUAUUAUAAAAAUAGACAUGUAUUCAAAAUUAAUGUAUAUUUUGAAAUCACUCUUUAUUUCACAAAGUGAAGUUUCAUGUUUAAUGAAGCUUUUGAAAUUCCAAGAACUUAUCAUAUUUGGCACUUACUAAAUCUCUUCAGAUAAAACCAAUAGUUGCCACAUUAGAAGCAGAUCAUAUAAAUAACUUUCAUGUUUUGUAGGUCAACAGAAAUGUACAAAUUAAAAAAUAGACACAUUGGAACUAACAAUAAAAUAGAAUCUGAGAGAUGGAUGGUAAGUGUUUUACUAGUUGAACCAAAGAAUUAGAAACAACAGAAUAUUCCUGAAGGCGUUUAAAAAACCAACUCAAACGUUAAUUUACAUUUAUACAAAACUGGACGGAAUUCCUUUUAUCUAUCAUGAAAAUAACACAAACUCUCUUCCUUGGGGAUCAUUUCGAUACCGAUACUCAAUUUUAUAGCUUGUAAAAAUGUAAUUUAUUCUUUUUUUAAUGUAGUUUUACCUAUUUCUAGUGUAUGUCCAAUUGAAAUAGUUUUUUUUUCAUUGAUUCUAGCUCAUCUUUCACAUCCUUUUAAUCUUAUAGAUUACAUCAAGGCAAAAUUUUUAAAGGGAUUAUCAAAACAAAUUUUGGACAAGGAGUAAAAGGUAGAUAAAGUAUCAUGGACCAUAUCUGCUCCAGUUACAGACUUUCCUUUCACACAAUUAAUAAAAAUAAUUUCCAUGAAACUCUUUCUCCCAUUGGGAACUAGAAAUUAAACUUAAGGUGUUUUUUUUGGCUUACUUUCUCUUGUCCAUCUCUUAAAUGAAGAAUGAUUGGGAAAAAAAUUGUUGGUUAAAAUGGUUCCGCUUUAAUUGAGAUACUCAAGCUUAUGUUUUGUGGAAUACUUUGUGGACAUUCAGAUUCAAGCAGUGUUCAUAAAUACUAUUUAAAUAUAAAUAUAAUCUUAUUGGAAGAAUAAAAUAAAAGCAGACAUGAUAAUAGAUUUGUUAUUUGAAGAAUAAAAAUAGACUAAGUUGUCUGAAAUGG